CCCCCAAAAUGGCUGUCACGGAGCGCGGGAGCCGAGGACGUGGGGUGCGGGGAGAGGCGGGGGCAGUCCCCGCUCCGGGCCGGGCCGGGCCGUGCUCGGCCGUGCGCGUCCCGCGGCGGAGCUGCCGAUGUACGGGUGGCAGCUGUUGUUUUAUUUCCACUCCCUUCCUUCUCCUCGCCCCCUUUCCCCGAGCGGCUCCCGGACGUUUUCAUGCCCGUGCGGCAGGAGGCCGGCCGCAAACUUCGCAGGGGGAAAGGCGAGAGGAGCGGGGCAGAAGGCGCUGUCACAUCUGGCGGAUCGGAGGGGCGCCCGGGGCGGCCGUCACUCCCCGCCGGCUGCUCCCUGCGGGCAAGGGGACAGCCGGGUCCCGAUCGGGAGCGGGAUGCGGGGGUGCCGGCGCCUCUCUGUGCCGCUCCGUGCAGCCGCUGGAACGGGGUCGGGCUGGGGAGCGGGACGCCGGGCCGGGCCGGGCCGCGGCGGGAGGAGCGGGGCGGCUGCCCCAGGGGAGCUCCUCGGCACCGCGGCCCGGCCCCGCGCCGCCCAACUUCGGAGGGUGGGAGCAGAGCGUGUCCGCCGCCGUUCCGAUUGUCCCGUGAAGUCGGUGGGGUGUUGGCGCCCGCUCCCCAACCCGCGCACCACGUGAAGAAAAAAGCUCUUUGCCAGCUGUUCCACAUUUUCCAGCUGCCACUUCAGUUUGAAAUGAUGGACUGUACGGAUCUGAAAGAGCCUUUUAGUCAGAGAGCAUUUCUAUGGAAGUACUGCAAAACAAAGACAUCACCUGCAUUUUCCUGCUUAAGUGGAGUAAACGUUUUUUGCUUGAGAAGACAUAACUGUGGCCAAGACAGCAUUUUACUGCUAUAAUCUUCAGUCGUGAAAGAUUGUUCAUUUUCAAACACAAAACCAAUUUGUAACUAAGAAAUUAAAAUAUCAGUAGUUAUAAAUAA